AUGUCGUCCACGGCGGUGCCCAAGGUCAUUCCGGCCCAGCUGUCGUUUUUGGCCAUCUACAACCCCUCGCUGGGAACAUCAGACGAAACAUUUGACCAGCAAAUUGUCUUCUACUACUCCAAAGCCGCAAAGACACGCGCCAAGCUCAGAAAUGGAGACGCGCAGCAAGAGCAGGACCUGCGCGACCAGGAGAAUGAAAAGCUGCGCCAGGUCGGCCUAGCACAGGGCAUGGUGGGAUUUGCAAAGAGUUUCUCCAAUGGCGAGGCGGUCGACACGGUCGAAACAGAAAAGUCGCGCAUUGUUCUUCACGAGCUGGAAAAUGGGUGGUGGAUAUUGGCUUCUAUCGAUCUCACUCAGCUGCCCGCUGCCUCUGGCCUCACCCGAAAAGACUCCAGCACCGACACUACAGAGCCCGUAAUCGAAUACUCUUCGCGCGAAGUCAGCCCGCCGGCGCUCCUCAUCCAGCAACUCGUCCGCGCUCAACUCAUCUUCCUGCUGCAUCAUGGCUUGACGCUCGAGGGCAUGUUUGCCAAGCAUGGCCGCACCAAGUUCUGCAGCAUUCUCGACAAGUAUUGGUCACGGUUUGCGUCUAAUUGGGAUGUACUCCUCCAUGGGAGCCCCGCUGUGGAUAUAUUUGGCGGCAUGAAGCUGGCAGCAGGCGGAGAAUUGGGCAUGGGCGUGGGCGAAGANGAGUGGGGCAGCAGCGAGCGCGACGUCUUGGAGGACUUUUCCCGCAGGACACCGGGUCUAGUUGAUGUCAUGGUAUCUCGUUUCGGAGAAGUAUCGCCAUUGCAGCAAGCCAAAACAUCCACGGACCCUCGGACGCUCGACGAUUCUGAACUGGACCCAUGGGUUGGAGUCGGGAGGACCGCUCAGGCUGCAGACGGUGUUGUCUUUUCAGGUCUGGGGGCAGUGAGCCGGAAAUCGCUGCGAGACUUGUCGCACUGGGUAGAAAGCAUCUACUGUUAUGGCGAGUACGCCUAUGGUGUGCGUGAUAACCCAGCUUCCGAUCGAAAGAAGCGACGGAGAAGGAAUCCAAGGACUGCACUCGAAUCAGAGGAACCAACGCCAGACUCACUUCGUCCUACACGACCUGAAAGACCACGCCUUGCUACAUCAAAUCCGAACUCAGCCCUACCCCUGGGCAUUCCUCCACCCAUAGUCAGAGCGGCCGAGAGCUCUCUUGACAAAGCUGCUGCUGCGGUCGACAGCAAGAAGCCUGAGCAAAAUUCACCAGCACCCGAGUCCAAGUCCAUGUUAGCGUCUCUGGGUGAUACCGAGACGUGGACGAGGUACAUGACUCUUGGUUACGGCACAGCGUGGGGUGGAAAGAAGGCAACGGAUAGCCCCCAACCUUCUACUCCAGUACCAGAGCCCGCUCCAGCGCCUGAACCAGCACCUGUACGGAAACGAAGCCCUUCACCAGAAGCCAUGCGAUAUGUUGAACCAGCACCAGACGUAGACCAUGUAGAAGAGAGGGCAAAGCAACAAAUACGACUGGAGAACAACGGAUAUUUCCUCGUGGGACUCAAAGGCGACCUACAAGACUUGGAUGUCGACGACGAGAACGACGAAGGUAACUGGAACAACCGAAUACCACUACGAACUAUACAUGUCGAGGUCGACCGCAGAGACGUCUCGUCGAGUUCACCCGACGUCGAAUCCGACGAGACACCACCAUACGAACGAAUAAUGAACAUACCCCCACCAACCUCAACCAAACUCUCUCGGCUUCGGCCAGUCGUCUACAUACACCGCCCCUUCAUCUACGUCUUCCUCUUCGAACACCGCACUCACUCCCUCGGCGUCGCCUCCUUCUACCGCGACAUCCACAACUUCUUCUCUCCCCUGCAUCGCUCCCUCGACAAAUCCACAAGCCCCACAAACGUCGCCCAACGCCUCCAAGCAGUAUCUUCCCACUACACAACCGAAGCCUCGACCGGCGGCUCUGGUCCCUCCGCUGGCCCAAACACCCAACCAAUCUACGACCUCGUCUUCGAUCCUCGUACCUUGACCGUGCAUUCUAGCCUGCCUAAUAUCCCGGAUCCGGGGACCCUCUUGGCGGAGGGUCUGGCGGGCAAGCAGGCGGGCUGGAGCAGGUUGGAUGCGCUGAAUGUGCAUUCUCAGAUGCUCGCGACGGUAGCAUCGACGCGGAGGAAUCUGAGUGAAAUAGAAAGAACGUGCAAGACGAACCGCGGCUGGUGGGUCGUCUGGAUGCGUCUCCCACCCUCGCAUGUCGAGCCGCAGGAAUCGGACUUGAACUACCGCGAGUAUAGGGAGCAGCAACAUCAACAAUCGGAUCAUGAAAGUGAAGGUGGGGUGGAGCAGGAGGGAUGUAGAGCAUCAACCCCGAUAGAAGCAACCUCCGCGCCAUUCAAUACACAAGAUCUACGCGAAGCAUUUCUUGUUCGCCGCGCGAGAGAUUCGGAUCCGGGAACGCAGCAUGGACAUAAGAGUACUGGAAGCCGUUUUGGGAGCGGCGUGUGGAGCGGGUUGGGUAUGGGCGGUGGGAAUGGGAGUGCACAGAGUCAGCGGAUGGGAGGGGCGGCGGCGGGGUGGGGGCCCAAAGGGUUGGCCGAGGGAAUUGGGAUUGAUGCAAGGAGGUAUGUGGAGGAUUUGUUGAGUUUGAAUAGAUGA